CACGAGUUGAUUUUUUAAAGAAUAUUUAUUAUUUUUUAAUUUUACUCUAAUUAAGCAAUGGAUAAUAAACAGGAAGAAGUUCAAACAAUUAAUGGUGCUAUUGAGGAUCAGCCUAUUUCGAAGAGUCAAAGAAAGAAGCUUGAGAAACGUCAAAAAUUGCAAGAAUUAAAGACAAAAUUGCGGGAAAAAGAAAGAGCCAAAAGAAAAUUGAAAAAGAUCCAGGCAAAAGAGCAAGGAAUUAAGUAUGAAGGACCAACUAGAAAGCAAUUAAGGCUUAAUAAAGCAGACGUUGAGUCAGCAAGCUUUCAAAUUGCUAUUGAUCUCAGUUUUGAUGAAUUUAUGGCAGAAAAGGAUUUGUCAAGUUUAUGCUCGCAAUUAUUAAGGAUUUACACAGCAAAUAGACGUGCUAAAAAGCCAAUUCCUAUUCAUUUCACUGGAUUGAAAGAGAAUACAAGAAUGUAUGAGCAAAUAGAGAAGAAUGAAGGAUGGAAAAAUUGGGAUGUCAUUCCUCACAGUGAAUCUUACUCAGAAAUUUUUGACAAAGAGAAGAUAGUCUAUUUAACGAGCGAAUCUGAAAAUGUCUUGGACAAGUUUGAGGAUGGACAUUGCUAUAUCAUUGGUGGAAUUGUGGAUCAUAAUAGUCAGAAAGGCUUAACACUGGAUCUAGCUGAAAAGCAAGGAAUCAAAACUGCUAGAUUGCCACUUUCUGAAUAUGUUUCAAUUACAAGCCGUAGUGUCUUAACUGUUAAUCAGUGCUUUGAGAUCCUUCUUGGUGUUAGUGAAGGCAAGUCAUGGAAAGAGAUUUUAAUGCAAGUGCUACCUCAACGAAAAAUGCCAAAACUUAAGGAACAAGUUGGUGAUGAAUCAUAAUAAUGAGCAUUAGCUUCGAAUAGCUUGAAAGUC